CAGAAGAAGAUAAAUCACAUCUAAUCGGCUCAUUGUCUUCUAUGCAGCCCACUCGUGUGGUGUAGGCUUUGUCCCAUUGCCUCUCUGCUCUGUCUCAUUUCCAUCUCUCCUCGCUCCUCUUGGCUAUAAAUAAGGAAAGAUUAAAACCUCUCAUCCGGCUAACCUGCACAACAUCUUCAACUCGCCUGGCAAAAUAUGCUAUGAGGACAGGGCCCAGCGAUGACUGAUGUGGAGCCUGUUGUCACUGACUUUGUAGCCACGGGGAGGACUGGCCGGAGGAACGCUGUACCUGAUAUCGCUGGGGCAGGGCCUGCUGACCUGUCAGACAAACUAGCAGAGCUCUCUGUUGUAGAUGAUGGAGGAGAAGGCGGAGAGGGCUCGUCCUCUGGAAGCCCACCGAAGAGCCCUAUAGAGGGUGAGGAGAAGGACGAGGGGACGUAAUGGGGCCGUAGUCUCUGGCUAACCGACUACAAGAGAAGAUGGAGAACAAGAGAGAGACUGUCUCUACCAUGGCCCACUUCUCCUCAAACAAACCCCAUUGACCAGACAACUGUAAUCGUCAUGCACCGUGCUAUGCAACAUCAGGACACCUACGAUGGAAACUUAAAGAGCUGGAUGAGGAAGGGAGAGCUCUAUAAACAGGAAAAGGCUGUUUCUUUAUAAGUUAAGGGGGUAUUCAUUCAAGAUUACCCAUAAUUCAUUACAUGUACAGAGAAUGAUCCUGCACUUAUGUCCUGUUCAUGUUAGCAUAUGCAGUGAACUGGUGAAGUGGCUGACAGUUGGGCAUGACUCUGAAAAAUGUCAUUUCAUAUUUGAGCAAGAGGGACUUGUACAUACGUUGCAUACGGAGGUGUUCCAAUGAAAGCAUUUUUUCUAAGAAUGUCAAAAUGUAGUUGCAGGAAUGUCUCUUUUUGCACAACAAAAGUAUAAACAUUCCAUUUGGUGAUGUAAGUAAAAUGUGUAUCUUAAAAUUGUGGUUGAUUAGAGUGCUACAGUGCAACCUCUACCUUGUGUGUUUUUUACUGUUAAAAUAUACAUUGUUAACAACUGAGUUAUUAGAAGUAAAACAAAUAUAUAUGUAUUUUCGGUCUGUAAAUAAAGUUUUACAUUAUAUUUGCCACCCAUUAAAGAUGCAUUUCAAUGUCCACUGCAGCUAAUAAACAUAAUGCUUUAUGUACGGCAUU